AUGCCUAUCUUAACGGGCGACCAAGAGCUGGAGCAGCGCAAUCGCCUGCCAACAUUAAUGGAAGUCCUGGGCAGGCGGACGCUCGCACCAGUAGAUCUGUUCUCGUUCUAUAUCUACAUGCGCGACCAGCAACGAUCAGUCGACUACCUUGAUUUCUGGCUCGAUGUCUCCCAACACAUGUCGCUAUGCCGACACUACGUUCGCGAACUUCGCAGGUCGAUGCUCGUCGAGACACCUGAUAUGGAGAAAGCCACCUCGAAGCGCUCUUCCGCCCUCCUCGAGAACUUCGGAGAGUCACUAGGCGAAGCCGAAUCACACCCCUCGAGCAACGAAAAGCGCAGCAGCGAACAGCGUCUGUCCGCAUUUCUGCGCCACCAGCACAAGGAUAGCAGCGGAACCAACCAGUCCCCAGCUCAUAGCAUGACCUCACAGCAUUCGAAUAUGAACUUUAGCCGGCCAUCUCACGAACCCAAACCUUCGCCGCACUCCGAAGGGCCCACUAGACCCAGCUUCAUGGGAUCCGACCAGCCGCAAACUGACUCCAACUCUCCCGGCCACACGGUCGCGCGUCAGGACAUCAAGGCAUCAGCCGAGAAGAUACUUUACACUUUCAUCCUGCCCGGCUCCGAGCGAGAGAUUGUCUUGCCACAGAGUAUGCUGAAUCGGAUAAUACACAGCAUCGAAGAAGAAGGGCGCGACGAUCCAGAGGUUUUUGAUGAUGCGAAAGACUAUGUCUUCCAGGCUAUGGAGCGCGAUGCAUUCCCAGGAUUUCUGCAGGCAAAGGCGCUGGGAAACCUUGUGCCUUUAUCGGUGCUCAUCAGAUUGAUCAUUGGGCUGGCAAGUCUGAUGGCUGGAUUCUGGGGAGGUUUCUUCAUGAUUUUGCGAAGCAUUCCUCGCCAUACCAGAUGCUGGCUGAUCCUCCCAUUCACGAUUGGCUGCUAUUUCCUGGUCUCCUACCAGUACAAGAUCGAUGUCGUGGCCGCCUAUCUGGGAUUUAGUGAAUACACCUUCAUGAGCUGGGCGCGCAUCCGGGAACCUUUCGUGCGGAAAUUGCUACUUACACGAGCAAUGAUGGCGUCGCUUAUGUUUGUUGCAGCCGCAGUCGCGCUCAGUGUGCUGUUCAUCUUCGUGCCGGGGGCGGACUUCUAG